AUGACUACUCUGCUGGAUCGUUUGCAAGAACACUUGGUAAAGAAACGACAGGGGUUGAAUGAUGUUCAUGAAACUUUAAAAAAAAUUACUGGCCGUGAUACGUUUGAUGAUCAUUUAAACCAUGGUAAAUUCAACAAACGACCACAGGUAGGUGGAGACCAAAAACCACAAUUCAGAGAGUCAUUAAAGAAAGAUGUCAAGCGAUUGCGAGAUAAUAAUCUUUCCUUUAGAAAUGAUAAUCAGAAUCGUAAGGUUUUUGUCAACCCUAAUGAAUCAUCAAAAAUUUUUAAAAAUGGAAAUAAUUCGGGUAGGAUAUCAGCUAAGGAUCGUUUAGGGACAAUUGUUGCAGAUGAUAAUCAGAAACCUAUAAAAGAAGAAUAUGAAGAUGAUGAAGAUAUGGACGAAGAUCCUACGCCCAAAAAAACCCUUCAAUCGCAAGUUAUGUUGUCAUCUAAAAUUAUGAAAUCUCGCACUGAAGUAUUGGCUGCUCAACAAGGUGAUCAAGUGACUAAAGAACGAAACCGACGUAUGUUUGGGUCAUUAUUAGGUACUCUACAAAAGUUUAAGAAAGAAGAAACUCAAUUAAAAGAUAAAGAAGAAAAAAAAGCUAAAAUUGAAAGAAGAUUAGAUGAAGAAGCAUUGAAAGAGAAAGAAUCAUUAGUUCUACGGAAGCGAGAAUUAUUUAUGCAAAGAAAACAGCAACAAAGGGACAUAAAAAAUAUAGAGAUUAAAAUGGGAUUGGUAAGAAAUUUUGAAAUAUUUGAACGCCAAAUAAAUUGCACAAUGAAUUUUAUUAAAACUGAAUUUGAUCCUUCGGUGUUUUACUUGCCUAAAAUACAUAAUGAAAAGACUGAAAAAAAAUUAGAGAAGACGCGUUCAUAUUUGAGCAAUAUCUUAGGGAAGAAAAGGAAUAUGGUUGAAAGUCAAAUUGAGAAGUUGCUACAACCUGAUGACGAACAAAUGGAGUUUGAUGACAGAGUGGAAGAUGGCGAAGUAAGAGCAGCUGAUGAAGAAGAAGAUGCUGAUGUGGAUGUGUACGAAAGGCAUCAAGAUAAUGGAACUUUUAACUAUGAUUAA